AUGAGCCCCGUAGGUGUGGGCUGUUCCUUAAGUUUGAGGGUUUAGAUUUUCAAAGGGGCGGACUUAUUAUUGGUUAUGGCAUCAACUUUUCUCUAUCUUAAAAAAUGUCAUCGUAACAGGAGGCGCCAAGAAGCUUAAGUGUAGCUAACAACACAGAAAAAUGACGAAAGUUCCUCAGGGGUUUGAUUUCAGUUUCCUAAACGACGAAGAAGCCAGGAAGAUCCUUCAGGUGCUGGAAAGAAAUGAAGAGCUACAGAGGGCAGAGAAGGACAGGAUCAGCAAACUCCAGAAGACAAAGAGGGAUAUCAGAUGGCUUCAGGGAGUGACUGGUGAAUGGUUUGAAGAAAUUCAAAGAAAAAAGUUUUGCAAUGAAACAGAUGUUAGCCAAAUGUUAAAACAACCCCUUACAUACAGGCUAAAGAAGGGGAUGGCAGAAAAUGAUCCUAUGGAAUUACAAACAUCACAAUCUAAAACUACACCUACUCAAAGAAACCCAACACCUGUUCCUUCUCGGCUGAGUUUCAGAUCAUCAUUUGCUUCCCUGUUCUCCUUUGGGAAACCCAGAAAGGAGACUUUAAAGCCUCACUGGCUGGGACCGAAAGGAUGUGACAGGCAUGUGAGACCUGCUGUGUCUGUGAGGGGAACUGCUGUGGCAAAAUUAUACAAUUCACCUCUGCAAAAUCAACCAGUGGAGAGUGCAUUUGUCCCCAAGCCAGCAGGCAUGAGGGAGGGAAGCGCUGUGCCUCUGUGGGAUGCUUCCAUGCUGGAGAGAGAGUUUUUCCGAGUUUUAGAUGAUUUGGACAGCACACUGGCUCAGGAGCAGUCUCCAGGCUCGGUGAAUACAAGAUCACCUCUCAACUAUGGAUCGAGAACACAGUUCAGCCAUUUUCACUCCGGUGGGAACAGACAUGGUAACGCCACAGGAAGGCACAAAAAUCACUAUAAUGAAACAUCUAAUAUGUCUAUCUAUGACAUCCUAAGACCAGGAACCCCUAGAGAAGGUUUUAAAACCUUUUCUUCUAGAACAAGAACAAUUUAUGAUAUGUAUAGGACAAGGGAGCCCAGAUUCUUAAAAGAAGAUUAUGUACAAAAGAAUACUUUUGGUAGUAGUUCUCUGUGUUUUGAUAGCAGGCGAAUAGCCUCACCAGCUACAGGGCACUUCACAGCAAGAAGCAUACAUUUUCCAGCCACAACUCAGAACAAGAAUGGAUUUAUACCACCAAGCCACCAGCAGAGCCCUAAGAGAACUCCUUUAUCAUCCAUCAUAUGGAAUAGAUCAGAUUCUUCUGGAGAUAGGUCAACCCAGGAAGAGUUCCUGAGGGCACCGUCACCGAUGGAAGUUGACCCUGCUGACCAGGUGUAUCCCAGGUGUUUUCAGGAGAAUAGGACCUAUGAAUUUUAUCAUUCACAGAGUGCUUACCAAAGUGUCAGUUUCAAUUCCCCCAGGGAUAGUACAGUGAGUCGUGACCCAUUUGAGAACUCAGAGAAUAUGCCAUUCUACCAUCAAGACAACCCAUUUGCUAGGUCUUUCUUUAGUAAUACCUUUGGUCGAAACAGGGAACAGAGAUUUGGACGUAGUUCUUUCUGGGGCCAACAGGGAGAACAUUCUUCCUGGUCUGGCAUUCAUCAAAGCAGGAAACCAUUCACUUCUGACAGAGACUUUGAAAUGAUUUCCACUGAAGCAAAUAGUGCAUCAUCUAGUCAUGGCCAUAAUGUUUCUUCUCAAUACUGGGGAUCAAUUUCCCCUAAUUAUAGAACUACUAUUCCCAGAGACCAAGAAGAACCACAUCCCUUGCAGUUUGAUUCUCAGACAUCCACAGUGGAGAGCAUGGAGGUGUCACAAGGUAAUGGGAACCUGAUGACUCAUUUUGGCACAGCAAAUAUUUGCUCCACGACUGGUUCAAGCUGUCACAUCAAAUCUGGUAGUUUAGAAUGUCAGCAGGACAGUUCUCCUAAAGAAGUACCUAUAAACCAAGAACCUUACUCAUUUGGAACUGCUCAAACUCUAGCAUCCUCAUUUAAAACUUCUUUCCCUCAGAUUCCCGAUGACAAAAGGAAUCAUCAGCGUCCAAAGUUUCAGAAUCCCACAGUCACUUUGCAAAAGAUUAAGCCUGUCUCUCUUCCAAUAAGAAGCUACACAGAAGCCACUGUGACCAAUAGCAAUGCACUCAAUUCUCCACCUCCUACUCAAAGCCAACCCAGUAUCUUGCUUGCAGAAGUGAAUAAUGAGAAAGACUUGAGUGAAUCCAUUUUGGAAAAAGGCAAACAACUAAAUAAGAUGGACCAGACAAACAUGACAAGUGAAAUGCCUCAACCUGUUUCAGAGACUUUAGCUGAUUUUCAAAGUCCUCUCUCCCAAGACUCAGGCAAAACCAACAGAUUUGUUUUUAAUGCAUCUACCACCAUAAUCUCAAAAAGGUCUCCCAAAGUCAUUUCCAGGAAAGAUAGCUCCAAAAUUCAUAUAUCACAAAGAGAUAAAGCCAAUGAACUAAAAAAAGAUAUGGGUUAUACUGAAAAGCAAAAAUCUGGCCUAGCAACUUCUUUUCCUUUUAUUCAGGAAAGCAGAACAGCAUCAUCUUUUCCCAGCCCAAAUCAAAGUUGUCACCAGGAACUAAUAGUAAGUACUGAAGACAAGUUAAGCACUAUUGAAAAUAACCUCUGGAGCUCUGAACCUACUGGUAAUCAAAAUGCACAAUCUCCAGAAAAGUCUGCUAAUUUAGAUACCAAGGGAGAACAGUGUACCAAAACUCAUUCUACCAAGUGUAGCAAGUCAACUGCUGGCCUCAAUAUCCCAUGUGACUCUGUAGGUCUGUCAUCAGGUGCACUACCAGAUCCUUCACCAUCAAAUGAUUUUUCCCUUGGUUCUCUGGUGGCUCCUUCUACUGAAGUGUUCUCCAGGAAAACUCUUUCAGGCCAACAUCCAUUCCUGGGAGAAAGAGAAAAAGAAGACAAUAAUAGCCAGUAUCAAAAUAAUCAGUUUACCUCGAGCCCCUCAAAAACUGUAAAGAGUGAUGAUAGUUGUGUAUGUAUAAAUAAUGAAGUGGUUGAUGUCAAAUGCCAUUUACAUCCUCCUUUCAGGGCUGGGAAGGGAAAAGCAAAAAUAAGACGGCGUACAUCUGAUAUUGAAAAGUUGAGCAAAACAGAAAGUGAAUCAACACCCACAAGUGGCAGCAGUAGCCUCAUUCAGGUAGAUCAAAGUGAUUCCAAGGCUCCUGAGCCUCACACUAUUUAUUGUACCUUACCAAGAAAAUCAGCCAGUUUUCUCGCUAAUAGUAGGAAGUCAGAAAGUAAGACAACAGCUCUUUCAUUUAGGAAUGCUCCACUUCCACUCCAACUUGAAUAUAAUUUGGAAGAUCCAAUAGGGAAAGACGCAUCAAAUAUAUUUAAUUCCAAUUCUUCUGAGUCAGAAAGCAGAUGUUCCAAAGUAGUUUCAGACUCAGCCUCAGUAACACCUGAAGCAACAGAGAAUAUGACAACUAUGACAAACAUUGGAUCUGCUUCCAUUAGAAAAGGACCCUUCCCAUUCCUCACCAAGAGGGCUGUGUCGUGGCCUUCAGAGGUACCACAUGCUUCAUUUGGAAGAGAUGAAAGAGAAGAAUGCUCGGUCUCAGACAUGGAUGCUUCUGCUAUAACACUAAGACCUUGGGAGAAAACCAUUAACCCUCUGGAAAGUGACUCACCUGUUAGGGAUUGUUCUUUAACCAAAAGAUACCACCAAAAGGACCCCUUUCAAGAAUGUACUGAAAAGGAUGGUAAAAAUGCUGCCUCCAAGACAUUCUCCAUCUCAGAUGAAGACUCUUUACCUUUUUCUUCAGAUAUGUCAGGGGGGAAAAGUGGGAAAACAUUACAUAAAUUUAAGACUACUAGUAUGUUUUCUGUUUUUGGUGACGAAGAUAAUGUAAAGUGUCUUGAGGUAGUUUCAGUAUAUUAUACUCUACCAAGGAAACACAGCAAAAAAUUAUGUAAUCUCCUCCAAAAGCAUACUCAAAAUACUGAUGAACCUCCAGAAUCAACUAAAGUGGGGACUGUAACAUUUUCCAGUACUUUAGAAAAAGAGAAACUGAACUAUUCCACACAAGAACAGUCAGGAACACCUUCAUCAGGACAUCUGAAAAUGCUGGUCAGCUCUGCUCAGGAAAACAGCAGUUGCCGUUCUCCCAACACUGAAAAGGUGACUGUUCUACAGUUAUCGAGUACUAGCCCCUCAGAACCUACACUACAGGAAAGGGCUUCUAUUGGGGCAGAUGUUUCUUUUCAUAAAGGAGAAUCUAAAACUAGAGAGAUUUCCCCAGAUAACUUAACUAAAACACCUCUAGGUGAUUCACAAAACAGGAAAAAGAGAGGGAAAAAGUUGCAAAGUAAAACACUGCAUACUUCAUUAAUUCUUCAAGAAAGAAAAGUCACAGAAGAGAAAUCUGAAAAUUGUCAGCACUCCAUUAAAUCACCUGACAGUGGUCCUAGUCCUCCAGCCCAUGCAGAAGGGAUUGCUGAAAAUCACCAAACCAGAAGUUCUGGGGAGUGUGCAGGUAGUGGUAUAGCCACCACAGCUAUUGGAAGUGCCAAGUGUCUUCAGAAAGAGAUCACAGGCACAGCUGAAGAUGAUAGCUCCAAUGGAUUGCAGCAUCAGAGGAGAGUCAGAAGAGCAGAUUUCCAAAAAAAGGCUGAUAAUGCACUUUCUGGCUCAGAAAGCCAAGUCUUUGCUCUUACUCCAGCUUUGCCUAAACUACAUCUGGAUGAGGAGACUUGUUCAGGUAAACAAGAUUUAGACAGUUUGCAGUCUAAACCCGGAGAACUACCUCAAAGAAGUCAGGAGGUAAAUCUGACAAAGAAGGGCAAGACUAAAGAUGAAAUGCAGAGGUUGGCAUGGGAUCAACCCUUACUUCCUGAAGGAAGUAAUAAAAAUAAAACCAGCUUGGAUGAUCUAGAAAAAGGGAAAAACAGGUCCUCACCUAAACACAGAUUGGCAAGCAGAAAAUUUCCAGCUAAAGAUUUAAGCCCCAGAAGACAUGUAGCUACUAUUUUCCCCCAAAGUGGGAACAGUUCUGGCUUCAGUGGUUUAUCUUUUGGCACACCAGAGUGCAACAUACUGUCUUCUGAGCCUACUCCAAAGUCCACAGAAUCCACUGAUGAAAACAGGUUGAAUAAUGAGGGAAUGGAUGUGAAGAAAUCCAAGAACCUUCUCCUGGUUACUGUAAUGUCCGACAGAGAAGCUGCUAUACACUUAAGCAGUCAGAAGUCUAACGGCUUUUCACAACCACAUCAAAAUGAGUUUAAAAAUAGCUCAGAAUCACCACCCAACUAUGAGAAUUCCAAAGAUGUAACAGUAGCUCAGAUUGUGGGAAGAGAGUCAGGUACCCUGAGUCAACCCACGGUCACCAGCCUCGGGGAAACCGACUUCUCUGACCAUCAGAGGAGGCGGAACCCUCAUCUUCCAGUGGAGCCUACAGAGAAAUCUGCAAUAAGCACCCUACUGUCCCACUGUCAGCAGCAACAAAGGCAUACUGCUCCUCUGGAGUGGGAACCUGAGCCACACCCCUAUCGUUCAAAGAGUUUAAAAAGCAUCAACAUGCACGGUGAUCUGCUACGAAAAAGUCAUCCUCCGAAAACCAGGGAGCGCCAUUUUUCUGAAAGCACUUCUAUUGACAAUGCCCUGAGCCACCUGACCCUUGGGGGUGAAUUCUCUAACAACAAUGGGUACAGUCGAAAAUUCAAAUCUUCUUCUGAACUUCCCUCUUAUGAUGAAAAUGAAAAUUGGGCUUUGUACAGCAACAGAAUAAAAAUGGGUCCCAAGUCUGCAACAUCUAUAUCCAGACCUCUUGAUUAUGGGAUAUUUGGGAAAGAACAACAGUUGGCUUUCUUGGAGAAUGUAAAGAGGUCACUCACACAGGGAAGGUUAUGGAAACCAAGUUUUCUGAAGAACCCUGGCUUCCUGAAAGAUGAGGUAAUUCACCCUCCUAACCCAAUGGAGUCAUUGAGCUCAGAUUCUCCUAGCAAUCAGAUGCCAGAGGAUGGCUUAUCUCCACAUGUACCACUUAAUAUCUAUGAAGGGGAUCCAGCAGACUCAGACUGUGACACAGACACAACCACAGAUGAUGAGUACUACCUGGAUGAACAUGACAAAGAGUCAGAACUGUGAGGCCUCUUCAAUAAAAUGCAUAAUCUUUUCUCCAAAAGCUUGUAAUGGAAAUAAAAUGUAAAUGUGUGUGUCCAUAGGAAGGACAGAUUAAAAAAUAUAUAUCUAUUUCUGAAGCAACCUGAAUUCUUCCCCCCUCCAUAGCCUAUGUACACAUACACACUCUUCUUGAGUUCCAGAGCAAUACCUUCUUGUUUGGGGGGAUUCUUUGCUAUUUUCUGACUAUAUAUCCUUGGCUUUCCUUUUCAUACCCAAGUGAGUCUCUAAUUCACUGUUCAAUUUUGGCUUUCUGCUCUACUUCCCCCCAACUUUUUUUUUACACCUUUCAUGUGAUUUGCAACCCUAAUCUCCCAGACACAUGUACAAAACUUGUUACUCAGUACAACUGAAAAACUCUGUACUGCCUCCUCUGGUCCACACCCCAUACUCAUGGCAUUAAAAUAUAGGGAUGAUGACAAUGGAGUAAAUAUUGUCAUCCUGUUUGACUCAUCAGCACUUAGGAGGUCUAGGGUUUGGUCAUUCUUUUUUUUUUUCUUCAAACAAAGAUAAAGGAAUUUUCAUAAAGACAUCCUGUUAUAUCCACAGUGCAGCCCGAGAGGUGCCUUUCUGAAGUGCUUGUUGAGAUAAUAGAGGAGGAGCAGAAUUCCUCAUAAACCAAGUGACACUUGUACUCCUAGGAAUUCCUUUGAAAUUGUUUGUAGGAAUUGGCAGAAUUGUUAAGAGCUGAAUUUUAACCAAGUCAAGGACUGGCACCAGGCAACCUGAGGGCACAGAAGGUGGGUUGGCCACAAAAUUUCUGCCUAGGAAAGAAGUAUAACUGAGGGGUGGAGAUAAAUGGACAUGCCUUCAUGAGACUGACAUCCUUACAGCAGCUCUCUAGGCAACUGGUUUUCCCCAUAUCUCCAGACUACAUUUUUCUAUUUUCUUCAUUGCAAGAUACUUUUUUCCAUGUGUGGCCUUUUACUCAUAAGUAUCAAAUGGUAGCCUCGGCCAGCCCCCUAGACUGCUGCCAAGUAAGACCUGACAUCCUGACAUUCACAGGCUUCUUCGUGGGAUCAUUUACCAAACCCCUGGGAAAUUAUGAGGCAGAGCUUCUCAGGGCUUAUCACUGUGAUUCAAGAAUUUGUCUAGACUAAAUAACUUCCCAUACACCCUGAGAACUUGACUUUCCUAACUCUUUAGUUGCCAUGCAGAACAACUGGGGAUUUCUCUCUUCCUAAUCAGAGUAAAGGUAAUUUGCUAAAACUACAGAAAGCAUGACGUCCUGGAUCUCACUGCUGUGAAGGUCAACAUGAGUGGAUUUCAUCUUAUGUGGUUUAUAUUUGCAUCCUGACCUAAUUUAAUUUUCCAUUGUUCUCACCUGUCUGUUUCAUCCAUAUGAAUUAAGGAUAAUGAUAGGUGCUGGUGAAGUGUCUGGAGAUCUGGAACUGAUAAAAUUCAAGAAAGUGCUAUGUUACCUUCUAAAUCAUUGCCUUGCAUAGAAGAAUGCCAGGGCAGGCUUACCCUGUUCCCAUGCAGCUCAGACCUAAUGGAGAUGUGGUCACUGACAUGAAAGCUAACCCUUAAAGCUGAAAACUGUUUUAAAGUACAGGUUCUGAGCAAUCUUGAUCUUAAAGAGACUGAUAAUAGAAUUCUAAAUUAACUCUUCUGAAUUUUUCAAUUUAAAUUUAUCAGGUAAAAAAAUUAAUAACACUUUAUUUUUUCUUUUUUGUAUAUUUGUAAAGUCUACCUUUUCCUUUUAUUAUUUAUCUGAUUAUUUAAGUAAAAUUUUUAUAAACCAUCACCUAUAUUUUCUAUGUAAUUUAAAGAUAUUCAAUUAAUAUUGUAAUAAUAAAAUUUCUUGACUCUUUUUAAUGAUUAGCUUAUGAGUUCUAGUUCAGUAAAUACCUGAGUGUACAUAUGUGCUACAAAAGGUGAAAUGAAGAUAGCUUAUUUUUCACCGAGUUUAAGCAAUAUCAACAUUGUAACUAAACAUUCUUAACAUAAGUAAGUUAAAGUGAAGAUAAACUACUUUGGGGCCCUGAAUUUUUGCACUAGAAUCUACUGUAUGUGAAUUCAAAGGUAAUUGAUGGUCAACACUCACUUGCACUGUUUGUAAUGUUUGCUUGUUGUCUGGCUUAAGAAUCAAGAAAACAGGAAAUUCAUUAAAAUAACACCUUCUAUAGUUUUAUACUUUUAUAAAACUUCAUUAGAGAAGUAUAGCAAAUUUCUAUGUAUUUUAACAUACAAACUGCUGCUUUUUAAUAUUCAUUUUUGGUAUAGCUAUAGUAAUUUUUAUGCUUAUAACUUUUCUAAAAGAUGUAAUCAUUAUUACAAUAAAUAUUCAUAUAAAUGGAAUAAAUCAGGAUGUAAAUUAUUAUUAACUUGAUUAAAUCAUGGAUUUCUGUAACCAUAAAUUUUUACAUGUAAAGUCCAUUUAAAGUAGGACUUAAUGAAAUUAUUUUGACUUUUAGAGACUUUCCUCUAAAUGAUUUACUUCCUUAUAUUGUAAAUACAUUGAUGUCAAUAAAAUUCCAAUUGCUACUAACAAAGCUUUGGUUGAUGAUAAGCUAAUAAUAGCUACUUUGUGUAAGAGGUAACUUCGUGCCUGUAUUGGAGGUGAUGAAACAAAGUCCACUUAGGUUAUGGUGAAGAUGGAAAUCAAAUUGGAAAAUCCACACCUCCAUAAAAGUAGUAUACUCCACUGAAUGCCAGAGGGUUAAAGAGGCUUUAUUGCUAAGAGUUUAUUGUUAGUAAUAGUAAUCAUGCUUCAGAAUAUUCCAUUUAAAUGUACAGUGUAUAUACAUAAAUAUUUUAUUUUCAAAGCAAGUUUGUGAUGUAUUACCACAUAGGGGCUGUUUGUGAUGGGCAUCUCUGUGUUCUGAAACAAACAAGUCUUAAGCACUUUUGUUAAAAUAUUGUCAGAUAACCCUUUUAUAUAUUUGUUCUUAAACAUGUUAUCUAGGCAUGAAAUGUGUUAUAUGACAAAGCACAAAUUUAAAUCAAUGCCUGUGUUGAAAUAAAUGAUUUAAGUAAA